GAAUCUUUGAGUCGGGUAAUCCGCCAAACAUCUCUUCCAGCAGAAAAAACGUUUACGCACUCUACGUACUCACCAAAAAUACAAAGUUAAAAUGAAAAUUAAUGUAAAAAUUGGCGAGGAAUGGUUUGUGAUACCUUGUACAUCGAAGAAUAGAGACAUUUUCUGGCUAAUCGAAGAAGCAAGGCAAAGGCACAGGAAACGUGGCGGUCACUCUACUACGAACGAAAAAUACGAACUGCGAUCAGCCAAAAACGGCAGUCUUUUUGACGGAAGCGAUUUUAUACACGAUGUUCUUGAAAACAACGAGUUUGUAGUUGUUGGGCAGAAGGGACAUGGUCUCCAUACAAGCAAUGUUGAGGACUUUGUCAAGGGCAAUCAUGGUGAAACCAAGUAUAUUUCAUUGGAUGGAUGCUCACUGACUACAGAUGACCUGGUCUUGUUAGGAACUGGGAAGUAUAAAAUUAAGUUAACUGAAGAGUCAAAACAAUUGAUAAAGAAAGGAAGAGCUCUACUUGAUGAUAUUGUAAAAGAGAACAAAGUGGCAUAUGGAGUUACAACUGGUUUUGGGAAGUUUGCUCAUGUUUCAAUAUCCAAAGAGGAUCUUAUAGAUUUACAGGAGAAUUUGAUUUCAUCACAUGCUAUUGGCACUGGCAAACCUUUAUCACUUGAGAGAACACGUAUGUUGCUUGCCCUAAGAAUUAACAUAUUGGCUAAAGGGUACAGUGGGAUUUCAUUGGAAACAUUGAAUCAGUAUAUAGAAGCAUUUAACAAUUCAAUGUUACCAUUGGUGCCUGAGCAGGGUACAGUUGGUGCAAGUGGUGACCUUGCUCCAUUGAGUCAUCUAGCAUUAGGUAUUAUGUCGGGUCAAGGAAAAAUGUGGAGUCCAAAGACUGGAUUGGCUGAAGCAAAUCUUGUUCUUAAAGCUUAUGAGAUGAGUCCAGUCAAACUUCAACCCAAAGAGGGAAUUGCUUUAAUCAAUGGCACACAGUUGAUAACAGCUUUAGGAGCAGAAGCAUUAGAACGAGCUUAUAUGAUAUGUAGACAAGCUGAUGUCAUAGCUGCUCUUACACUAGAAGUAUUGAAAGGUAGUACCAAUGCCUUUGACAAAGACAUUCAGCGUGUUCGUCCACACAAAGGACAAGACCAGGUUGCAAUGCGACUAAGAAGUCUGUUACAUUCAACAAUUUACCCAUCUGAGAUAGCAGAAAGUCAUCGAUUUUGUAACCGUGUUCAAGAUGCUUACACAUUGCGUUGCUGCCCUCAGGUUCAUGGUAUAGUUGAGGAUACUAUUGACUUUGUGCAUGGGAUAUUGACAACCGAAAUGAACAGUGCAACAGAUAACCCUAUCAUUUUUGCUGAUCGACGUGAGAUCAUAUCAGGAGGUAACUUUCAUGGUGAAUACCCUGCCAAGGCCCUUGACUAUCUGGCCAUUGGUGUUCAUGAACUUGCAAGUAUCAGUGAACGACGAACUGAAAGACUUAUGAAUCCUGCCUAUAGUGAACUACCAGCUUUUCUGACAAAAAAUGGUGGUCUGAAUUCUGGGUUGAUGAUGAUGCAUUGUACAGCAGCCGCGCUAGUAUCUGAAAAUAAAGUUCUUUGCCAUCCUUCUUCUGUGGAUUCGCUGACAACGUCGGCUGGUCAAGAAGAUCAUGUAUCCAUGGGAGGUUUCUCGGCAAGAAAGGUUUUAAAUGUAGUAGAAAACGUUGAAAAAGUUCUUGCCAUUGAAUUGCUGUCAGCCUGCCAAGGAAUUGAGUUUCUACGACCUUUAAAGACAACCCGUCCAUUGGAGGAGGUUUACAGCCUUGUUCGCUCUCUAGUGAAACCGUUAGACAAAGACCGUUACAUGGUUCCUGACGUUGAUGCUGUACUUGGCCUACUGCGACAAAAUAAGGUCUGGCAGACAGUUUCGCCUUUCAUUGAUCAAUACAAACUGAAUGUUGGUGUGGAAGAACGUGGGGUCAAGCGCCUGACGUCGCCCUCAGCUAGUACCACGUGCGAUCAUGAGAACGAAUACUCAAAGAGAAGCCGAAAAAUGAGUGACUGAAUCCUUCAACUUAGACAAUUAUUUAAUUACUUAAUUAUUUGCUAAUCAGAGUUCAAAACCAGUGAGCGAGAGGGGGAGCGGCCAGGAGAUCACUUGCCUAUUCAAUACAUUAUGCGUUUUAUUUAUAUUUUAUUGAGGGUUUUUUUUCUUUUCUUAUAUAAUUAUAGAAUAUUUUUCACAAUAAACUAAUGUAUAACGUUUUA